GGGGCCAUGCGGGCCAAUCGCAUGGCGGCGCGUGAGGAGGACGCUCGCCGGGCGGCUUCCCGCAGAAUCCAGGUGCUGCGGCUCGGGAGCCGGACUGCGGCACUAUGCCCUCCAGCAAGUCGCCGGUGGUCGUCACCUGUACCGCGCCGGUCAACAUCGCGGUCAUCAAGUACUGGGGCAAGCGAGAUGAGGAGCUGAUCCUGCCCCUUAAUUCCUCUCUGAGUGUCACUCUGCACCAGGACCAGUUAAGAACAACCACAACAGCUGCUAUCAGCAAGGACUUCUCGGAGGACCGGGUCUGGCUGAAUGGCCGGGAGGAGGAUGUGGAGCAGCCGCGCUUGCAGGCCUGCUUGCGGGAGAUCCGCCGCCUGGCCCGGAAGCGCAGGAGCACAGGAGACGAGGACCCGCGGACCCCCAGCCUCAGCGACAGGGUGCACGUGGCCUCAGUGAACAACUUCCCCACGGCCGCUGGCCUGGCCUCCUCGGCAGCGGGCUUUGCCUGCCUUGCCUACACCCUGGCCCGAGUCUAUGGGGUUGAGGGCGACCUCUCAGAAGUGGCUCGCCGGGGCUCGGGCAGCGCAUGUCGUAGUCUCUAUGGGGGCUUCGUGGAAUGGCAGAUGGGGCAGCGGGCAGAUGGGAAGGACAGUGUUGCCCAGCAGGUGGCCCCUGAGUCGCACUGGCCCCAGCUCCGAGUUCUCAUCCUGGUGGUGAGCGCUGAGCAGAAGCCAGUGGGCAGCACGGCGGGCAUGCAGACCAGCGUGCAGACCAGCGCCCUGCUCAAGUUCCGGGCCGAGGCCCUAGUACCAGCACACAUAGUGGAGAUGGCCCGCUGCAUCCAGGAGCAGGACUUCCCCGGCUUUGCUGAGCUCACCAUGAAGGACAGCAACCAGUUCCACGCCACCUGCCUGGAUACCUUCCCGCCCAUCAGCUACCUCAACGACACGUCCCGGCGCAUCAUGCAGCUGGUGCACCGCUUCAAUGCCUACCAUGGGCAGACGAAGGUGGCGUACACAUUUGACGCGGGUCCCAAUGCUGUGAUCUUCACCCUGGAUGACACCAUGGCUGAGUUUGUGGCUGUUGUGAGGCACGUCUUUCCCCCAGAGGUCAAUGGAGACAAAUUCCUGAAGGGGCUGCCAGUGACACCUGUCCCUGUCUCGGAUGAGCUGAAGGCCACACUGGCCAUGGAGCCUGUCCCUGGAGGUGUCCAGUACAUCAUUGCCACCCAGGUGGGGCCAGGCCCGCAAGUCCUGGAUGACCCGGAUGCUCACCUCCUGGGCCCUGACGGCCUGCCGAAGCCCAAGCCAGCUGCCUGACUCCGCGUUGGGACGCGUUGGGACUCCGUCUGCUCGUAUGGGAUGCUUGCUGAGACCAGGGACUGGUGUGAUGGCUAAGCCGUGCCUGUGGGGACCUGCAGGACUGCUGGCGUGGCCCUGGCUUCGGGGGCAGGUCCCCCAGCAAAGUGCCUCACUUUCCCUGCUGGACUGUGCCCCUGUGGACUGUGCCCCUGUGGACUGCUGCAUGGCAGACCCUCGGAGGCUCUGACCUGCACUCAGGCCUCGGUGGGAAUGGGAGGUUUUUAGAAGGACCAGGGAGCUGGUGGCACACACCUGUCAUCCCUGCGUGCUGAGGCAGAGGACCGCAAGUUCACCCCAGUCUGGGUAAUCUAGCAAUUUAUAGCCUGUCUCACUAAAACAACUGGAGCCUAGAGAAUUCUACGCCUAUUACUGCCAAAAAAGGGAACAAACACGGAAAAAGAAACCAGAAGCCUAGCGGCCCCUCCCUUCAGGAAUAAAAGCCAGCCAGGUGGGAUCA